GAAGGGGAGCAGGGGAGGAGGGCUGGGGACAAGGGAGUAGGGCUGGGGGCUGGAUGUUGCGGGUGAGGGCGGGGUGGCUGGAUGUUGGGGGUGAGGGUGGGUGGCUGGUGGUGCUGACUGGCGGUGACCAUCGGGGAUGGCUCUGUCACUGUGACGCUGGCGGCAUGGAUGGGAGGGUAAGCGGUAAUUUAUUGUCUACUUAUUGUCUACGUAUUGUCUAUUUAAUAUCUCAUAUUUCCUAAAGGUAAGAGUAUUGUGGUCAAUGUAGGUGUAGUUGAGUCUUACACGAAUCUGUGGUCUUAGUUUUGGAAAAUCCGUACGUUUUGCUCCUAUUUGUUGAAAUCUCCCCUUUUUAAAAUGAUUUCAUUUUUCACCGAAUUUUUAAAGUAGUUCUCACAAUUCCAAAUUGUUAUUAUUAAUACUCCAUCCGUUUCUAAAAAUUCUUCCCGAUUUGACUUGGCACGCUUAUUAAGAAAGUGGAAUAAAGUGAAAAUGUAUGGUUGUGGUUGUGUAAGAAAAAAGUAAAAUGAAUGUGAGCUACACAAAUUGUCCAAAAUGUGAAAGUGGGAAGUAUUUUUGGGAACAGCCCAAAAAGGAAAGUGGGAAGUAUUUUUGGGAACUAAGGGGGUAUUUGUCAACUUAUUUAUAGCAUCACUAAGAUUUACGACAUGAAAAGUAUAAAGUGGCUACAUUGUUCUUUCAAGUGAUUGGAUGAAUUUUUUUCUUUAAAAUCAAAAUAAUUGAAGGCCUUUUGUCAAAAAUGGCAUUAGGCUCCCUUUUCUUUCUAAUCUCAAAAGGAUUGAAAGAAUUUGAGAAAGAAACAUUAUCGUUGAUUGUGACUAACAUAGCGAUCACGUCAACGUGCUCAAUAUGGAUCGUGUGAAUGUGUGAUGAACAAUUUUCUCUCACCUUUACGAUGCACAUUUGGUUUCCGAUGAACAUUCCAAAAUUUCCAAUAGAAUUUCACAUUGAUUUAUGCAUCGGUGGGCAUAGCUCAAUUAGUAGUGAAGAAGUGCCAGAAGGAUUAGAUCUCGGGUUCAAAUCCCGUCCGGUCGGGUUGAAGGCCCUCAGAGAUGGGGUGUCAUUAGGAGUGGACUCGGGCCGGGCCAACCGGCCCAGAACCGGACCGGCCUGCUACCGUGCAGGCCCGGACCGGCCCGCUACCGUGCAGGCCCGGACCGACCCGGUGAACCGGUUGGUGCCCGGUUCGAGCCACUCGGCCCGGUGAGGUAGGCGGUUCGAGCCCGGGCCUGUUAAAUAGUGAACCGGUCCGGCCGAUUCGGGCCCGGUCCGGGCCAAUUUAUUUAUUUUUUCUUUUUUUUUUAAAUUUUUUUAAGUUUUUGGGUUGGGUUGGGUAUGAUGGGCCAUUUGAGGUGGUUUGGGGGUGAGGGGGGAGGGUUGGGGGUUAAUUAAGAAAAGCGGAAAAAAAUUACAUGAACCUAGGCCCAGCCCGGACCAGACCCGAGGGUUACCCGGGCCGAUUCCGGGCAGGCCCGGCCCUAAGGGAGUGCAAGUGGAGCAGUGGAACAGGGCCUCCACUAAAAGAGGGCCCCCAAUUUUAAUUCAUACGUUAGUACCAUUAGUUGGAGCAAGAAAAUGAUUGUUAUAUUUAAUAUUUAGAAACCCCCAAUAUUAUGCUUAUGAAAGAAUGAACGAAGCGGCUCUUCGAAAGAAAAAAUCAUCAUGAUCAAUCGUGACUCCUCGUAAAACAUACAACUUAAAGAUUUACAAAAUUUUGAUUGACGACCAAGUGGCUCGACCAAUUUAAGCUCUAUUAAUUUCUUUGUCAAAUCCAUUCUACUAAAUCUUUUUCUCCAAACUCUUUCUGUCAAAUAAUUUCCUAAGAUUCCUGCUAAAAUCUUAAUCCGAAGUGGAGCAAAAGGAUAAGUUCGGCCUUUCACAUUUGAGCUCUGCACCGUACAACACUACUUCCACACCUCAAUAUUUUAUCUAUCUUUGUAAGGUACUUACAUGUUCUUCAUGGGCAUAUGUACAAUAUACUAUGUUUUCAUGUCUUUAAUCUUCUCGAGUAGCCCGACUCUUUUUUAUAAGCACGACUAAUAUAUUUUUGGGAGUUAAGAUGUUUUAUUUGUUAAGAAAAUAAAAUAUUAUAGCUAGGUUUAUGCAAAAUAUUCUUACACUUUUCCUAAUGCUUGCUUUAAUUUGACUUCAUAUAUUUUAUGAUUUAGGGCCUCCAAUUACAUUUCGAACAGGGCCCUCAAUAUGUUCGGGCCGGCCCUGAUUCCGGGCCUCCCCUUUCAUGAACCGAGUCCCGGCCAGACCCAGGCCCGAACCGGAACCGGUCCACCCCUAGGUGUCAUCCUUUUUUUCAUAUUGAUUUAUGUCCCUUUUGGCAUUAAACAAGCAGUCAGCUUCUUUUUCAC